UCGGGUCCCCCACUGGGUCACCUCCCGCGACUCGCCAAAGUAGAGUCCACCACCGAGGACUCGUUCAUGAGGGAGAUUCGGUUCAAGAUGAGGGCCUCCUCCGUGCCGACCAUCAGCCUUCAGGAGCGCGCCAUGUCCACAGACGUCGUGCGUACCGCGGACACCGCUGUGCAGCUCGAGAAUGCUGGCCCGGAGAUGGUCGACAAAUCGCAGCAGAUGUCCGAUCAGCCCAGCCUAGGUAGAGAGCUCAAAGUUGCUGCUCCAGUGCACAAGUUGGUCCAGAAGGCGAAGUCACAGCAAGUACCUGCGAAUGUGAGCGAACGACAAGCUAGAAGAGUCGCGGAAGAUUCACUGGAAUCUCGUCAAGUUUCUGUGAAAGACAAUGUAGAAAAACUCGACAAGUUCGACGCGGCUUCAUCGAAAGAAGCGCAACUAGAAAAACCGAACAAGAUCUCCCGGAAGCGCCUGAGCUUCCUAAAACGUAUUUUUUCCGAUUCAUCGGCAAGCAAUAUGCACGUGAAUGUUUCUAAGGAACCACCACCCGUGCCAGCACCGCCAAAGAUAAUCACCGAGCGUCCGCUGAAGGCGGGCGAUGUUUCACGCACUUGGGAUGCCGUGAAGCCUACGGAAGUCUCGAGGAGAGACACUGGCACUUUAAAAGCUAAGGUGCCAAUUACGAUUUCACCUAAAGCCGCAGAUUCGGGUAACGUUCCUAACGAGCCAACGAGAACCCCGGCUUUUAAAGACGUCCUCCAGGAACUCGUCAAACAUUACGCAGAGAAGAGGGCCUCGAGGGCCUUAUCAGAAGACAUAGCUUGCAAGGAGGUUGCGGAGAAGACGUCGUCCCGGUUUACGGUGCCCGGCUUGACGGUACCUGAAACCACGGCGCCCAUUUCUUCGACGUCAAAGACAGAUACCCUUCAGCAAGGAGUCGUAAGGCAAAGUCCGUUUCUCCUCAGGGAACUGGAGACAAUGAAAAGUCCGUCGCCGCCAAUGUCUCCGCGGUUUUACACAGCGACAGUGGAGGAUUCCGACGUGCUUUGCCCGGCAGUCCAAGGAAUCAUUCGUGCGCGAGAGAGCCGACGAGUCGCGAGCAGAACGCGCAUUGACGAACUGAGGAGGCGAAUUGAAUUCGCGGCCAAAACCCCAACUGGCUCACCCAACUUUGCGACGACGACAAUUGCGGAGGAGACCGAAGUUUCGGCCGCCAAGGGCUUCCUGCAUCCACCCACCUUCAGGCAAGUCGGAAAGAAGGGUGAGCAACGUGCCGACCCCGACAUUGCUGCCAGACCGCACAGUUCGAGCCAAGAGAUCACCACCGUGGGCAACAAGCCGUUCAAGGUAUGCGCGUGGGGCGACAGCUUCAGCGCAACUGAUGAGACACCGUCCAUGGAAAGUAAGGUGGACGGCUAUAUCCCUCCGAACAGUCAACCAGCGCAGGUCCUCUCGCUGAGGCAAGAACUGGAGGCCGCUGAUGCUGCAGCUGGAGUAAACUUGGAGCAAACGUUCAGGGCCCCCAGAAUGGACGCUAACUGGAGUCUUACGACUCCGGAAGCCGUACUCGGAAGCAUGGACGUUGAAUCGAGCGAGACGUCCAUGGGAGGUCUUCGCGCCACCUUUAAGGAAUCCGUCAAUGUUGCAUCUCGAAUGAUUGUGCCGUACGAAGAAGAUACGCGAAUGAUUCCUGCCCUGAAGAGCAAGAAAGGCAAAGGGAAUAAGGGCAAGAAGAAAGUCAAUUUUCAGGAGAAGCCCUUUACUGAUGUUCUCGCAGAAAUUGAGGAAGAUUAUGAACAGUUUGCCAAAGAAGCAGCAUCGAGGCAAGAUGACUUUAACGUUCGUGCAAACAAUGACAGUGUGGCCGAAGCAUCCGUUAGAAGCAGUGCAAGUGAAGACGACGAUGAAGGUACUGGUUAUGCGAUGAUUGAAUCUCGUGCAGAGGCCGCAAAGGAGAGGGGAAUCGAACAUCUAGAGAAGGAAGCCAUCGAAGUACAGACACGCCUUCCUUUGACGCAAGGUGCAGCUAGUCAAAGUACUUGGCCAGCUAUUCAACAAAGCAAUUUUCAAAUCUAUCAAAUGAUGCAAGGCGGAAAUCUGGUCGAGCUGGUAGCAUCUUCAAGGCAGCUGUCGGUGACGCCGUCAAGAACGGCGAGUUCAAGGAACACCGUCGUGAGCCAUCCGUUCUGCCGCUCCGACGAAGGGCCUCUGCUACCCUCAGCGUCGACGACGCUGUCAUUCCUGUCCUCCGACUCGAACGUCAGCGUUGGACACCGGGCGACAGAUUUGACGUGCUUGCACGCCCUCGCCGAGCUGGCAGCUCCUUAUCAAGAGAUCGGAGAUGGGAAGUCGCAGGCUGGAGUCGCGAACCUUCCUGUUACGCUGAAACCGGAGCCACCUGAGCCGCAGGAGCUUCACCACCGCCAGCUAGAGCCGCCGCUACACCCGCCGCCCCAGUACCAGGCAGGGGAACAUCCGCCCGAGCAGCAAUGCCAGGGGAAACUAAGACCAUCACCAUCGCAGUCGCCUUCCGGCAAAGGCAGGUCCGCGCGAUCGUCUCGCCGCAGCCGCGGGCUGGAGCAGGCCAGGCGCCAGGACAGCGUAGAAAACCGGAGCGCGCGUCCGCCGAAGCGGCCGAACACGGGCGAGCGCCAGCGCAUGGGCCGUUUCGCCGCCAAGGAACGCCACUGGGGCGACGACAUCCUCCGGGUCAUUAUGAUGGGCAACAAGCACUACCUGCGCGAGCGGUCGCUCUCGUCGCCGCGCCCUCGGUUGGCCUCGAUUCCCGGCGCAGCGCUGCUCUUGGACGAGACGCAGUACAUCACCCAGCAGAUUGAACGAGCGCACGCCUCCAUCAGCGACGCUGACCACACCUGCCCAUCUCCCGAGCUGCGCCAAGCCGCCCUUAGUGCCCAGGCGGUAGCGACGCUUGAGGAGAGGGCGACUACACCGGUGCGCUCCCUGGACUCCCGGAUCAGCCUGGCGCCAGACAUGUAA